AGAACCUAAUAGGUAGCAUAUACUCCAUAAGUGAAAAUAAGUCAGUAGUUGAAAAAACGUUUAAAAUCUCACCCAUAUCCAACAAUCAUCAUCUUUGUAGAGCACAAUCCUGUCCUGGAUAGCUCUACUGUGAUAUUAACUGGCGUUAAUGGCUGCCUUUCUACAACCUCUGACAUUUCUUCCAUUUCUACCUUCCCCAAACUCUGAUUUCAAUUUUACGCGUUCGAAUCCCACCAGAAGUAGAAGAUUAAGGAAAGCUAAUGUUUUGAUUAUGGAAGCUAACUCCAGUAGUGAAAUUACCGACGCAAAAUCGACUAAAUUGAUCACUUUUCUGGGUAAAGGAGGUUCUGGAAAGACCACUGCUGCUGUCUUUGCUGCACAGCACUAUGCAAAAGAAGGGCUUAAAACAUGCCUGGUGACACAUUCUCUGGACCUCACAACCGAAUACCUUCUGAAUUGCAAAAUUGGAACCACUCCAGUCAUAUGUAGCGAUAACCUUUCAGCUGUUAGAUUGGAAACAACUAAAAUGCUCCUUGAUCCUCUUAAGAGGCUAAAGAAAGCAGAUGCUCAUGUGAACGUGACACAAGGAGCACUUGCAGGGAUUGUUGGGGAAGAGCUGGGUGUGCUUCCUGGAAUGGAUUCUAUAUUUUCUGCGCUUUCCCUCGAAAAUUUUGUGGGAACUUUUGGAAUCAAGUCUCUGAGUACUGACUUCAAGAACAAGUUUGAUGUAGUCGUAUAUGAUGGCAUCAGUACUCCGGAUACAUUACGAAUGAUAAGUGCUGCACGUAGUGCAAGGCUGUAUGUUAAGUAUCUACGUAGCAUAGCUGAAAAGACAGAUUUCGGAAGAUUAAUAGGUCCAUCUGUGGUAAGAUUGGUAAAUGAAGCCAUUAAUCUGAGUGGAAGUAGCUCAAAUUUCAAUGGGAAAAUGAGUUCAGAAAUAUGGGAUGCUCUUGAGAGAAUUCUCGAGAGAGGAGCCUCUACUUUUGCAGAUCCUCAAAAGUUUGGCUGCUACAUUGUAACAGAUACGAGCAAUCCACUUUCUGUAAACACGGCAUUGCGUUAUUGGGGUUGUACAAUCCAAGCUGGCGCUAAUAUUUCUGGUGUACUGGGGAUCGCUUCCAAACCGUCUUCUGUAGAGUCUUUGGAAAGUGUCAGAGAGACUUUCCUUCCUCUACCACUUGCUUUCUUUCCAAAUCUCUCGAAAAAUUCUUCCUUGGAUUGGGAUAUGAUACUUUCAGAUAUUGAGAAUAAGAAUGCAAGAGAUCUUCUGCAUCUGCCAUCUGUGAAGCCUAGCAACAUUACGCCACCAGUCAAGUUUGAUCCAUCUAAAAGAAGUAUCACUCUUUUCAUGCCUGGUUUUGACAAGUCAGAGAUCAAACUCUAUCAGUACCGGGGUGGCUCAGAGUUGUUGGUGGAAGCCGGGGACCAGAGACGAGUCAUAGUGUUACCUCGUCAAAUUCAAGGAAAAGUGGGAGCUGCAAAGUCUACAGACAGAAACUUAGUACUUACAAUGCAAUAGAGAUUGUGCCAAGACAUUUGGUGUAGGAAGAACAAGGGGUGGUGAUCAAGUUCAAAACAAAAUUUAUGUUGAAGCUGACCCCUUUCAUGAACGAUAGAAAACAUUUGUUAGUAACUCAACCAUUUUAUAGAGCUGCAUUUGUUCUAAUGCAAGGUGAUCCCAUUUGAUCUUCGGAAUGAAUUUAGUGUUAUUCUCUAGUGCAAUCAUCAUCGAAUGCUUCCGAUAUGACCUUUGUUAGAUCUCCAAUUUAACAAAAAUAAUAAUACUAAUAAAUUAGAUCAAAAAAACUGUUCACUACUAGCAAUGAGCAAAAUCAGAAUAAGAAAAGAGCUUCACAGUCUACAAGCACUGAAAAUAACUACCAAAUAUUGUCUCAAUUCCAUGAUGGCCUUCUCUAAUGUGAAAUAGAAAAAG